AGCGCUCUCUAACUGUUUUUUUUUUCCUUCUUAAAUAUGUUAUCACAGAGGUGCUGAUGGGCUUGGCUUUGGCCAGUGGUGGGUCCAUCUUGGAGCCGGCUGGCAUUGGCUCUAUCAGACACAGGGGGAGCUUCUAGCAGCUUCUCACAGAAGCCACCCCUGUAAUCCCCCCCGCUACCAAAACCUUGCCAUGCAAACCCAGUACAGGUGCACCACAGCUAAUACAGGAAUGCUGUGGCUUGUGAUGGACUAUGAGAUGUCAUGGAGACCAACACAGAAAUAAUUCCAAUGUACCUUCUAAAAAUUAACUUCUUGACACUGUAGGCAAACAGCACCUCCUACUGAAGCCACGGAUGAGCAUAACAGCAUUACCCAGUGUUGCCUACCUGUGGAUCAGACACAGCUAGAAAUGAUCGGUCGUGGUGACACAGAAACUUAGCAUAUUGACAACAAUAUGUUAAUUUCUUUUUCAGUUUAGAAAAGAAUUAAGAAUUAACAGAAGCACUUGUAGCACCCAUCUUUGCAAGUAUUAAAAUGUUUCUUGUAGCUAUUCAUUACUAUAAUGUUGUAAGUGAAAUACUCCAUUGAAAUACUUUCUUAGUAAUCCAUGUCAAAUUUAUGAAAGGUUUUGGAAAAAUCUAAACCUCAUUCUGCAAAAUUUAUUAAAAUCUUAGGCAAAAUACAAUAAUGAUAUGCAGUUUUAAUGCCUUAGCAUCAACUCCAUUAAGUUGAGCAACGAGAGUACAGUGAACUUGAGGCCAAUAUCAUUGCUAUGUUACUUACAGACUCUUCAGGAUACACUGCCCCCAUACUUGUUAGAGACUUUCCUAAGUUUUCUAUAGUAGUAUAGUAUUCUAUAGUAUUUAUUACUGUGCUGGCUAAGUGCUGCUAUCUAAGACCUAAAGUGCUCUCUUUUCUUUUUUCAUUUUGUCUCCACUAGGAGCCAGAAAUCUUGACUUACUGCUCUUUUCACUGAGGUCCAAAUGGGGGCAGUGAGUUUGCUAUACUACUGUUAAAAUCAAUGGUGGUACGUCAGUUUACAUCUGAUGAUUGUGCAUUUGCAGAAACAGAGAUGUUCUGCAUUUAGUCAUGAAUUCAAUCAGUUGUAUUCUGUGGGGUUUUUUCAGUGUGCCGUGCACAGAGGCUCUCACACCACUUGACUGGGUUUGGUUGGGGCUGGAAAUCAUCAGCUCUGCCCAGGAGAGUUCACGGAGACAAUGAUCCAUAUAGAUCCCACCUCGGCAGAAGUUAGGUGCGCUGGCCCAGUAAAAUCCCCAGUAUCUUGGUUUGUCACCCAGCUGGCAAAACGUGCAAAAAUUGAUCAAAAAUGUACAAAACUUUUCUUCCCAUUCCCUACUUGGUUAGUAGUUGUCUCCUCCAGUUUUCUCAGAGAUGUUCUCACGCUGAGUUGGCUGCAAUAGCUAACCUAACCAAAUUGUGAAAGCACAGUGUAAUUCAUUCAUGGAAACUUACUGUUCAAAAGAAGAAUUAUGCUUGCCUAAGUAGAAAUCAAAUAUAUCUGGCACUGAGAUAUAAAAGGGAAGAGCAAGCUGUAAAAACGCAGCCAUUAACGGACAGUGAUGUACUUCCUGGUAGCUAGACUGAAAGACAAAAAGCUUUGGCAGGUGUGGGUAAAAAUACAUGUGUGGUGCCUUUCAUAACAGAUGUCAUUUAGCUAUACCCCAAGAGUAUCAGGUGGCUGUAUGUAUAUGGACCAGAGCUAUUAAAAAAAAAAAAGCUAAAGGUUGAUCAAUCAUGAUUACCUAGCAACAGGCUCAAACAUUCAUUUUGUUGAAGAGUUUCCAAGCCUAUCUGUAAUGUUACACUAGGCAUUUUAGGUUGUUUAUUCACGUUAACAUUAGCCUCUCUUUGCAGGGAUUCUUCCAAGUUCAGCAUUAGACUAAACAAAAAGCAGGCACAAAACCUCUUGCAUUUGAGGGUCAUGCAACACUUAAUGUAACCACUCUUGUGGUUUGCCAAGGGAAUCUUACAAUGCCAGUUGUUUUCUGCUGAGUCUUUUCUUACAGAUUGUUGCUCUUCUGUCACUAAGAAUGUGACCCGUACCCCUCCUUGAUUUGCCAAGGCUCAUCAUUAGAUAAUAUCUUGAUGUCUUAUGAACAUUUGCAAUCACAGCACUUCCAUGAAGCUAGGAGUAAUUUUUAUCCUAUAAUGCAGAUGAGGAGAUGAAGUGCAAAGAAACUGAUGUUUGCAAUAGACACUAAUUUAGGCAGCUAACUUUAGAUGCCAGAAUAUUUCAUAUUAAUAAAAAUUGCUGUAUAUAGUAAAAAAAUGAUUGCCACUGGCUUCAGCUGCAAGUGCUGACUACCUGUGAAAAUCAAGCCCUGGCAUGCACCCAGAAAAUGAGGAGCACACGUUCAGCGAAAGCUUCAAAACCUGUGGUAUAAAAUGACCCACCUAAUAUCGUGUAGUAACAGAUGCAUAUACAGCAUGUUAGAACGAGGGAAAGGAGGAAAGGGACCUGUGUAAGGGGAUCUAUUUAGGGCAUUAGUCCGCACGGGCAGCUAGGGCAAGAAGGCAUGCAAGGCACAGAAGGAAGAAGCAGCAACAGUUGCAGAUAAGAACAAAAUGGACUACACAGGGAGGAAGAGGGGAGGGGGAGGAGAAAAGAGGGAGAGAUUUAGUUUCUCUUCACCAACCCUCACCUGCACAGACAAAAAGUUAUGCAGGCUGGUAGAGGCACAUUUAACCAGGUAAACCUCCAGUUGCUGCCAUCUGUUCCCUUUCAGUCUCACAGGUAUUGUGUAGGAGAUGUCUAGCAAGCAGGGACGUGACAACAAAUAAUGAAUCCAAUUCAAACUGACUCCAAUGCACCCUUACCUCCCCUUCGGUGAUCCAAAAAGCACAUUGAAAUGACAUACAGCAGCUACUGACAAGAUAAAUGAAGCUCCUUGCUGAAAAAUCAGGCUGCCCAUGCAUGUCUUCCUGAGACUGGGCAGCGGAAGGUGGGCACGAAAGGGCACAGCCUCCGACGCUGGUACUUUCUGCACUACUUGAGUUGCUGUUCCUGCAGCAUCACGAUACCAGCGACGCUCAUGCACAGCACUGCUGCUUCCUGCAGCAGCAAACAACUGUGGAAGCAAAGAAUGGCACCGGCAGGUCUCCCCCUUAAAAACGGCCCCCAGUGCAGCAGCACUGGCAUCUGCAGUCAGUUGGACUUGCAAAUGGCAAUUAGAAACAAUCAAGCAUGUUAAAUAUUUCUAGGAAAACAGCAUGCGCCUAUUGUAGCCAAAUGCAGCGUUUGUGAAAGGCAAGAGAGUAAUGCGUGAAAAGGGAGGCUCCAGCAGUUUGUUUACUGACAUAUAAGCCUAUAUUGGCAAUUUUAGGUUUCAGUGGCUUCCGUCAGAGUAGCCACACUUCCAGACCAGAAUGUGACAGUUCAAGACCUUCAUUUCACCAAAGGUCCUCCCUCUUGUUCAGCCCCAUGUCCCCUGUGUCACCUUGCCAGGGCAAUACCUUCCUAUUUCCCAAGCCCACCCCAAUCCCAAAUUCCCAGGGAGAAGCUGCAGCUUGAGCCACGCAGGUCCCGCUCAGGGCUCAGAGAAACCCCAGGGGAGCAGGAGUUGAAAGGCACAGCUCUCCACCAGCGCAGCCCACCAGCCGAUGCACACAAACUGACCCAAAGUGGGUCAGUUCUCCUCCCUGGGAUUACUUCUUUCUGGAAGGACUCUCCUCCUUGGGUCCCACAGCAAUACUAAAACUCUUAACUGUUUGAAGAUGCGGAUGACGGUCAAUGAGCUGUGCUUUAAAAAGCAACAAGUUGCAGUUUGGCCACUGCUGAUUUGUAAUUUGGCCAUAUUUAGGUAUAGUUCCUCUGGUAUGGUAAAAGAUAUACAAAUAGGCAAUCGACACUUCUUAAGUCCCUGCUACAAAGCAUAUAAACACCAGAGCAUUGUAAAUAAAAGACAAGCAGAAUUUUUUAAUAAGGAGGAAACAGUUCUCUUUUUAAUCAGUAUUGUUCUCAGAUGCUGUUGAAGUAUUAUGGGUGGAGUUUUUUUGAAAAUAUCCAGUCUAGGAUACACAAAUCAAAUUUUCAAAGAUAACUGAAAUUGCUAAAGUUUGGCAACAUUAUGCAAAAUUGAAAGGAGGGCAAGAAACAUCGGGCUCUCUUAAAACCAGCUCAGUGCUGUUAGCUCCAUCUGUACUUUGGCCAUAAUAAACAUUUAUCAUUAUUUUGUAUGCUUCUUUCCAUAAGGCUGGCUUUAACUUAAUUCACAUGCAGUCAUCUUUGCAUAUACUAGUGGCUUGUGUCAGAAUAGAUUUAUUAUCUACUUAUGUUCUCUGAAUAUUUAAUAUUGACGUCAUCCUGUUGAUAAGAUUUUUCCAGCAGGCUGUAAACCAGAGUCAGACCAAGCGUGCAGCUGCUCGGCUGUGGGAUGCGUGUGGGAUGAUUCACUAUCACGCUGUAUCCGCAGGCUGCGCUGGUUCGUGAUGAGGAAAUAACUCCUGAACAGAUUUCAAACAUAUGAAUGGAAACUUAAGAAGAUAAUUUUUGUCAAUGCUGUGCUUUUUUUUCCUGAGGACUGCAUAAAUGAACUGUUAUGAUGGUGAAGAGGCUCAGCUGUCUUUUGAGAUGGUCUUUAAAAGGAAGGGGUGUCACUCAAUCAACAGAAAACAAAUGAGCAUCAAGAGCAGACUUCUACCCAGCGUGCGGGGAGAAAGGAAAAGGAGUUUCCAAGAGAGAUAUUAUUUCUUCAGGCUAAAUGAUUUCCCUGUCAGAGAACAAUAGGUGGAGCCUACCAGAAUUCUGCAGUAAGACUUGAUUUGGUGAGGCAGUGCCAUCUGCCUGGAAGCCGAGGGCUGGUGGAAACUCUCUGGUUUGGCCAGGCUGCGCAGCGGGCUCAGCUGUCGCUAUCGGGACGGGGCUGCAGGAGAGGGGGGCUCAGCGAGGGCUCCUCAGCUUCAGCCUUCUGGUUUAGACUUGUGGAUCCUAGACUUAUGUAUAAAAAAAGCUCUCUCCGUACAGAAGAGAAAAGAACAGUUGUAAAUGUAUUUCAGCAUUAGGAAAAACGGUACCUGUGCUGCAUAACUACGUGAAUUUGAGACCUCAGUAAGGAUGCAACUGUGCUGUGAAUCUGUAAAUGGCUCUUGCAUAAGGAGCAGCUGGUCAAACAGUAUCCGUGUUUCCAUGUAUAUCUUCAUGGUUUGCAUUAUUCUGGCCACAGUGGUUGGAAAUUUGACGGUUAUCAUCUCAAUAUCACAUUUCAAGCAGCUCCAUACGCCUACCAAUUUCCUGAUACUUUCCAUGGCUACAGUAGACUUUCUGCUGGGAUUCCUCAUCAUGCCUUGCAGCAUGGUGCGCUCUGUUGAGCACUGCUGGUAUUUUGGGGAGCUCUUCUGCAAGAUCCACACGAGCACGGACAUUAUGCUGAGCACGGCUUCCAUCUUCCAUCUUUCCUUCAUAUCCAUCGACCGUUACUAUGCUGUGUGUGACCCUCUAAGAUAUAAAUCAAAGAUAAAUACUUUUGUUAUCCUGGUCAUGAUAUUCAUAAGUUGGAUGGUCCCUGCUGCUUUUGCUUUUGGGAUGAUCUUUCUAGACCUAAAUUUGCGAGGGGCAGAAGAGAUUUAUAAUCAUGUCCAUUGUGCAGGAGGAUGCUUUGUCAUUUUUAGUGAAACUUCGGGUGUUGUGGCCUCCAUAGUGUCUUUUUACAUCCCUGGAUUUGUUAUGCUGUACCUCUACAGGAAAAUAUACUUUAUAGCCAAGAGGCAAGCAAGAUCCAUUGAUGCAAUUAGCAAAAAAAAGACACGAUUUGAAAUGAAGCACCACAUUUCAUUCUGCAGAGAAAGGAAAGCUGCAAAGACAUUAGGCAUAAUAAUGGGAGUGUUUCUCAUCUGCUGGAGUCCAUUCUUCUUCUUUACAGCAACCAAUCCAUUUAUGAAUUAUGUGAUACCUCCUAUUCUCAUUGAUGCUUUGGUUUGGUUUGGUUAUUUGAAUUCUACAUUUAACCCAAUUGUUUAUGCAUUUUUUUACAUGUGGUUUCGCCGGGCAUUAAAAAUGAUUCUGUUUGGAAAAGUUUUUCAACAGGACUCGUCCAGGACUCAUUUGUUUUUAGAGUAACAUGCUUUAAAUGGUUGGAUUCAUGGCUUUGACUUUUUGUCUGGAGGCUGAACUCCUGGAUGUAAGAGCUGAAAAUGAAGGAAACACCUAUUUGUUUAGUCAUUUACCAAAUCUGGUUUCAGCACAUGAGCAACUAUUGCGCUUUAUGUCUUCUUUCAUUCCAGAUUGGGAAUUGUGUGUGGUGUUUUGAUUAUAGCUAUUUAUAUGCAAUGCACAGGAGAGCAAGGCUUAAGUUUAAAAAAACUUACAGCAGCUUAUAUCCCUGCUCUUAAUGAUUAAGAAAUUAUUCCAAUACAGUAGGUUAAUUUCUUGAACAAGGAGUGCUUAUAUUACAAUAUUUGUGUUUGCUUAUUGUCCUCUAGAAAGAGCAGAAAAGCCUUUCCUUUUGCAUUUCUAGACAUCUUUGAGUAAUAACCCAAAGCUUUUAAGUUUUGUCUCUCCCCUUCAGUAUCUGUGCAGAGGUCAAAAUGCCCAUAACCAGCCAUACCAGCACUCUCUGUGGAGGGAAGAUGGGACAGAGGAAAGUCAUGCUGCUCCUUCUGUUUCCAUUUCAGUUAGUGCUUUUCACUUAUGGGUUUGUCACUUAAAGGCUUUGCUGAUCAAUGAGAUCAAAAGCAUGUUUAAUUAAUCAAAGACAAGGAAAAAUACAAUGUAUGGAAUGAAAAGCAAUAGCAAAAAGCAACAUUGAACCUGACAAUGCCAGAAAAUUAUGCUUGUCUAAUGAAUGUUUCAAUGUAAAAUAUUUGCCAAUUUGCAUUUUACAGAACUUUUUUUUAGCUUGGACGUAUUGUUAUUUUGUCUGAUGGCAAUGCUGUGACAGCAGAUGAGGAAAGUAUAUAGAGAAUUGUGAAGAAAUGCUAUGGUUGACCUGAAUGGAGGGUGAAUGGGGCAAGGUGGAUGUGGAAGCACCAGGAGUGGCAGAAGAAGGGCUAUAGGAGUGGUUGGGGGGACGGCACCUGGGUGAGCAGGCUGUCAAGGUUACAUCUGUGGGCAGCUUCUCAGGACACCCAGAUCGGGGCACAAAGGACAGGCGAGUAAGGCGCAUGGUCACCAGCUGAAGAAGACCCACAGACUGUAAUUUUUUUAAUCUAUGACCUGGCUUUUCUAGAGUUAACAUAUCCCCAAACAGAAGGAAAUAAUACCUCUGGCCUGAUCCUGUGACAUCUGGUUGGACUGUGAAGGACUAGUGCUGGGAAUGGACAGGAAAGGAUUAGUACCCGAGAAGACUAUGGACAGAAAUUGAUGACUCUGUACCGAAGUAAGAGCUAUGCUCAACAGUAAAUGAUGUCCUCCAUUCAUGUUACUUGUAUAAAUGCACAUCAUAUGCAUAGUUUAUCUUUCUUUUCUGUGCUUUGUAGAGCACUGAAGCACUCUACGCUGUAGACCAUAAAAGUUGAAUGAUGCUACAUUUCAGCAGAGCAUAAUAUCAGGAUUGAGAUAGUCUCUUCUACUGUUUCAUUGCCAUCUUGUAAGUUUGCACUCUCCAAAAUGACAUAAGAAAGGAACAAUGAAAUAUACACCACAUCAGCACUUGCACUGUGGAAGAUAAUCCUUGUUAGUGACAAUAUGACUACUUUAAUACUUUAUCUCACAGAAAUAAAGUAAGCUAAGAUUAAAAAAA